GGCACAAAUCUCUCUCCCUCAUCCCUCCUUCUCCACCUCCAGCCGCCGCCACGGCCAGGCUGGCGUGGUUGUGCGCCAGCAGCCUCCAUCCACUACACCAACAGCACCCAGUACCACCAUCACCUCCAUCCACCAGCACCACACCACCCAUCCACCUCUCCCUGCUGCUUCCCCUUGCUACUCACGCCCUGGACCAGCCAUUGGGGUCGCCGGCGUCUGAUCCCCCGCGCGCCUCCAACCGCUGCUGCUCUUCCUUCUCCAAAUCCCCAAACUGCUGCUCCUAUUUCUUACAGACCUGCUGCUGCUUCUUCUUGCGCCCCUUGCUGCUCUUCCUCUCUCCAGCGCCCCUUCCUGCUUCUCCAGCGUCUCCUGCUGCUGCUCCCAACUCCCUGCUGCUAUCUCUCUCUACUUCCCCUGCUACUCUUCUUCUCUGAACCUACCUGCUGCUGCUGCUCUCUCUCUCUUUAUCUCUCUCUCUCUCUCUCUCUCAAAUUUCUGUAACUUUGAGAAGUUUAUUGUUCAGUACUUUGUAAUAUUCAACAUUGAGAUGUUUUAUUACAUGUAAUAUUCAGAUUUGUUAAGAGUAAUAUCCUACUGUUUGGUUCAGAUUCGAAGUUCAAUAUAAAUGCUUGAUUAGUAUGUCCUUUGUGCUGACUAGUUGAUACUUGUCACUUUGAGAAAUAUUUGACCUGUUAUACUUUGUUUAGUGAAACAGUAUUCUUCAUAUGUCUUAGUAUUGUUUCUUCCCUUUGUUCAUGUAUGAUAGUUAUAUAUGUGUCCUUGCCAUAUUAUUCCCCUUUGUGUUAGUAUCUUAAUUUCUCAAGUACUACAAAAAUACCAAAAACAAAGUUAGUAAAAUCUGAAUCUACAUUUGCUUAUCCACAUUUUCAUUGGUGACAAUCUUGAUAGUUUAGGUUUACUUUCUGUUUCCGUCACCCGAAUUGUGUUACCUAGAUUUAGCCGAGCAUAGUCGUCGUCGCCUAGUCCCUGUGGAGAACACGACAUCCAUAGUUUGGGGCGUAAAACCCCCGCUAUAUUACAAUAGAUCAUUUUGGCGCCGUUGCCUGGGACUAGCGUCGUGUGAUUGUGUUAGGCUAUAGACUAGGUUUUUCUUCUUUUUCUACUUUGUGCCAUAUAUUCGUGAUAUAUCUCUAACCACUAACCCCUGUUCUAGUUAGUAUUUUUUGUGUUUUCUUUUCCUUUUUACAGGUUAGAACUAUCUUCUCGGUUAUGGCUUACUAUUCAGAUCAUCAGGCUUAUGCGAGCAACACUACAAACAGCACGGAAAGUAUUCAAGAACUGAUAGGUAAGAUUUCCCAUCGAUUAGAUGAUUUAGCUCAGCAGCGAGAAGUAGUUUUUGAGGAUAGGCCUAGUUCUUACGAUCCUUAUUCCAGAGGCCAUCCUUAUGUUGCUCCUACUUGCCAUAUUUGUGGAUUUCAGGGCCAUUCGCCCGCUGAAUGUCAGCGUGGCUACUCUCACACUCCAGAUUGUUCUGGCAUGAGCUUCGCUCAAGAGCAUAGCUCAUACCAAAACAAUUACUCAUAUGGGUGGCCUGAAAACCCUAAUAUGUCAUAUAGGAGCAACAACCCUGAGAUCUCAUCGUUUUCUUCUAGUAAUCAUAUGCAGGGAUUUAGGUAUGAAGAGGAGAGCCACAACUAUGCUCCACAACAUAUUUAUUCAGCUCCUACUCAUAUACCUCAACUCCAGGACAUGUUGCCAAUGGAGUUAAAUGGUCCUCCAUUUGGUCAACCAACAUCUUCAACACAAGUGCCCACACAAGAUGACUUUGAUGAUAUAGACAAGCUCACAUUGCUUGGUCUCGAGUUCACUUGGAGUGCCGAAGAUGAUCCAAUUAGGCCGGUGAUACUAGAGAAAAUGAAGAAGAUUAAGAGUGGAAAGGAGCUAGUGGAAGAAGUAAGGAAGAUUGAGAAGAACAUCAACGCUGGCAGUACUAUAUCAUCACAAUUUGAGUUGAGUGUGGCUGAGAUAUCCAUUGAUACAUGUGAGGUUCCAACACCUUCACAUUCAGCUGAGCAAGAUAGCGAGAGUCCAGAGGAAGAGAUACUUCAGAUCCAAGAAGAAAUUCUCGAAGCCAAGGCACAAGAUGAUCCAGAGCUCGAACAACAAAGUGAUCAAGUUGAAGACUCAUCAUCUAUUACUCUUGAAGAAGCAAAAGAAGUUGAUGUGAUUGAAGAUGAAGAACCAGAAACGCAUUUGCCCAUCGUCAUACAGGAGCGUGAUUUAGCAGGUUUAUCCAAUCCUCUUGAUGACAUGCUUCCUUAUGAGAUCUUUGCUGCUACUUUCCAUUGUGUUAUACCAUCAAUUAAGCUAGACUUGAAAAAUUAUUUGCUUGGACAUGAUCAUACAUACAUUGUUGGUGGCAUUGCUCUCAUUCCUGAUGAUGACACUUAUUUUCCUUAUGCUAGUCCUAUGCUUAAUGAAACAUAUUAUUCCCAUGCUAGUCUUGAGCUUAAUGAUAAAUUUCAUCCUCAUGUUAGUGUCGACCUUGCUGAUUUCUACCAUCCUAAACAUGUGCUUUAUAGGUAUGCUUAUGUAAUUGGAUAUUUGAUUGAUGACUUGGAGGGUAUUAUCCCUACCACUUGCAUUGUCUCUUUCGUUGAGUGCUCUUUCAGGUUUUUGCUUGUGCACGAUCCAUUACAUGCUGACCAGGUUCGAGGUGACAUUCCUUGGGACCCUGGUGGGCUCAGAGCAUGGGGAUGAGGAGAAGCAAGGGGGCACACACGAGGAAGAGUGAAGCUCGAGCAGGCAUGGGGAUAGAGAAGCAAAAAGAGAAGAGCUGCAGUUUAGAGAGCGUUGAGCGAGUGCUACUUCCUAUAUAAACCCGAAAUGUGUGCAAAUGCACUAUAAACUACAAGUUUCUGUCCAUGUGGCAAUCGAGAUGAGCAUAUGAAAGAAGAGAAGGAAGAGGGACUUGAGUGUGAUGGAUAUUAAAGCUCCAAGGGCAAGAAAGAAAGAGUGGAGGGAUCAACUUGUGAAGUAGGCAGAGAAGUAGAAGGGCCGAAGUGCAAAAGUGCAGAUCUGAGGAGAGGGUCAAAAUCCCUAGCAGCAGCCCCGAUCCCCUUUUGGGCCUGGCACACAUCUCUCUCCCUCAUCCCUCCUUCUCCACCUCCGGCCGCCGCCACGGCCAGGCCGGCGUGGUGGUGCGCCAGCAGCCUCCAUCCACUACACCAAGAGCACCCAGUACCACCAUCACCUCCAUCCACCAGCGCCACACCACCCAUCCACCUCUCCCUGCUGCUUCCCCUUGCUACUCACGCCCUGGACCAGCCAUUGGGGUCGCCGGCGUCUGAUCCCCCGCGCGCCUCCAACCGCUGCUGCUCUUCCUUCUCCAAAUCCCCAAACUGCUGCUCCUCUUUCUUACAGACCUGCUGCUGCUUCUUCUUGCGCCCCUUGUUGCUCUUCCUCUCUCCAGCGCCCCUUCCUGCUUCUCCAGCGUCUCCUGCUGCUGCUCCCAACUCCCUGCUGCUAUCUCUCUCUACUUCCCCUGCUACUCUUCUUCUCUGAACCUACCUGCUGCUGCUCUCUCUCUCUCUCUCAAAUUUCUGUAACUUUGAGAAGUUUAUUGUUCAGUACUUUGUAAUAUUCAGCAUUGAGAUGUUUUAUUACAUGUAAUAUUCAGAUUUGUUAAGUGUAAUAUCCUACUAUUUGGUGCAGAUUCGAAGUUCAAUAUAAAUGCUUGAUUAGUAUGUCCUUUGUGCUAACUAGUUGAUACUUGUCACUUUGAGAAAUAUUUGACCUGUUAUACUUUGUUUAGUGAAACAGUAUUCUUCAUA